UCUGCCUCUUCCUCUGUCCUUACCGGAGCCCUGGCACUGCCUCUUUUCCAGGCUGUCAGGGUGCCCCAGGUAAAGGGGCAGAGAGCCAGCCAGACUGCAUCCUGACAAGACGGGCUGUGUGGAGCCGCUGACCCGAGAUGUCGGUGUUCCGGCUGGGUGACCAUGUGUGGCUGGACCCUCCCUCCACAAACAAGACUGGCGUGGCCAUUGGAGGCAUUAUCAAGGAAACGAAGCCGGGCAAGGUCUUGGUUGAGGAUGAUGAGGGCAAGGAACACUGGAUCCAAGCAGAGGACCUUGGUGCCCUCGGCCCCAUGCACCCCAACUCAGCCCAGGGUGUGGAUGACAUGAUCCGCCUGGGGGACCUGAACGAAGCAGGCAUUGUGCACAACCUCUUGAUCCGCUACCGGCAGCACAAGAUCUACACGUACACGGGCUCCAUCCUGGUGGCUGUGAACCCAUUCCAGGUGCUGCCCCUCUACACCCUGGAGCAGGUGCAGCUCUACUACAACCGCCAUGUUGGCGAGCUGCCCCCGCACAUCUUUGCCAUUGCCAACAACUGCUACUUCAACAUGCGGAGGAAUAAGAGGGAUCAGAGCUGCGUCAUCAGCGGUGAGUCUGGAGCUGGCAAGACAGAGACCACCAAGCUCAUCCUGCAGUUCCUGGCCACCAUCAGCGGCCAGCACUCGUGGAUUGAGCAGCAGGUCCUGGAGGCGACCCCCAUCCUGGAGGGUAAGCGUCAUCCUGGGGACCCGCCCGCCCCCACAGCCUGUGGACUGGAGCCUUCUGGCCAGGAGGGCCCAGAAGAAGGACAGGCCUUUGGAAACGCCAAGACAGUCCGCAAUGACAACUCGAGCCGCUUCGGGAAGUACAUCGAGAUCUACUUCAACCCCAGCGGGGUGAUUGAGGGCGCUCGCAUCGAGCAGUUUCUCCUGGAGAAGUCCCGCGUCUGCCGGCAGGCCCCAGAGGAGCGGAACUACCACAUCUUCUACUGCAUGCUCUUGGGGAUGCGUGCGGAGGACAAGGAGCUGCUGUGCUUGGGGAUGCCCUCGGAGUACCACUACCUGACCAUGGGGAACUGCACCUCCUGCGAUGGGUUCAGCGACGCCAAGGACUAUGCCCACGUCCGCUCGGCCAUGAAGAUCCUCCAGUUCUCUGACUCCGAGAACUGGGACCUCAGCAAGCUGCUGGCUGCCAUUCUCCACCUGGGGAACGUGGAGUUUAUGGCUGCGGUCUUCGAGAACAUGGACUCCUCAGCCGUGACGGAGACGCCCGCCUUUCCAGCUGUGGUGAAGUUACUAGAGGUGCAGCACCACGCACUCCAGGACUGCCUGAUUAAGCACACCAUCCUCAUCCGUGGGGAGUAUGUCACCAGGCCCCUGAAUAUCACCCAGGCAGCAGACCGGAGGGACGCCUUUGCCAAGGGCAUCUAUGGGCACCUGUUCCUGUGGAUCGUCAAGAAGAUCAACACCGCAAUCUUCAUGCCUCCUGCCCAGGACCCCAAAAGUGUGUGGAAAGCCAUUGGCCUCCUGGACAUAUUUGGCUUUGAAAAUUUCCAGAACAAUAGCUUUGAGCAGCUGUGCAUCAACUUCGCCAAUGAGCACCUGCAGCAGUUCUUCGUGCAGCACGUGUUCACCAUGGAGCAGGAGGAGUACCGCUCAGAGGGCAUUGACUGGGACUACAUCCGCUACACUGACAAUCGGCCCACCCUCGACCUGCUGGCCCUCAAGCCUGUGAGCAUCAUCUCACUUCUGGACGAAGAGAGCCGCUUCCCACAGGGGACAGACAUCACCAUGCUGCAGAAACUGAACAGUGUCCACGCCAGCAACAAGGCCUUUCUGCAGCCCAAGAAUAUCCACGAUGCCAGGUUUGGCAUUGCCCACUUUGCCGGCGAGGUGUACUACCAGGCAGAAGGCUUCCUGGAGAAGAACCGAGAUGUGCUGAGCGCGGAUAUCCUCACCCUGGUUUACUCCUCCAAAAACAAGUUCCUGAGGGAAAUAUUCAAUCUGGAGUCGGCAGAGACCAAGCUGGGCCACGGGACCAUCCGCCAGGCAAAGGCAGGGAGCCAGCUCUUCAAGUCUGCAGACUCAGCCAAGCGGCCCUCCACCUUGGCAGGCCAAUUCAAGCAGUCCCUGGACAAACUGAUGAAAAUCCUGACCAACUGCCAGCCCUACUUCAUCCGCUGCAUCAAACCCAACGAGUACAAGAAGCCGAUGCUCUUCGACCGGGAGCUGUGCCUGCGGCAGCUGCGCUACUCGGGCAUGAUGGAGACCGUGCAGAUCCGCAAGUCGGGCUUCCCCAUCCGCUACUCGCUGGAGGACUUCUCGCAGAGGUUCUGCGUGCUGCUGCCCAGCACCGUGCGGACACAGCUGCGAGACAAGUUCCGCCAAAUGACCAUACGCAUUGCUGACAUGUGGCUGGGGACAGACAAAGACUGGAAAGUGGGAAGGACCAAAAUUUUCCUGAAGGGUUACCAGGACACUCUUCUGGAGACGCAGAGGAGCCAGGCCCUGGACAAAGCAGCAGUCAGCAUCCAGAGAGUCCUACGCGGCUACAGACACAGGCGGCAGUUCCUGAGGCAGAGGCGGGCGGCCACGGCCCUCCAGGCCUGGUGGAGAGGCUGCUACAGCAGGAGGAACUUCAAGCUGAUCCUCCUGGGCUUUGAGCGCCUGCAAGCCAUCGCCCGGGGCCACCUGUUGGUGAGGCAGUACCAGGCCAUGCGGCACAGGAUGGUCCAGCUGCAGGCCCUCUGCAGGGGCUACCUGGUGCGCCAGGAGGUCCAGGCCAAGAAGAGGGCGGUGCUGGUCAUUCAGGCCCAUGCCAGGGGCAUGGCUGCCCGGCGGAGCUUCCAGCGACGGAAAGCCAAUGCACCGCUGCUCAUCCAGGCUGCAGAGAAGAGCCAAGGCGCUCUCCCCGACCAGAAGCGCAAGUCCAUCUACGACACCGUCACCGACACGGAGAUGGUGGAGGAAGUGUUCGGCUUCCUCCCUGCCAUGAUCGGGGGGCAGGAGGGCCAGGCCCCGCCGCGCUUCGAGGAUCUAGAAGCAAAGAUCCGGAAGCUGCCUGAGGUUGACCUGGACACAGUCCCCAUGGUGGAGGAGCCCGAGGAGGAUGUGGAUGGCCUGGCUGACUACACCUUCCCCAAGUUUGCUGCGACUUACUUCCAGAAAUCAGCCAGCCACACACACAUACGGCGGCCCCUCCGAUACCCCCUUCUCUACCAUGAGGACGAAGCUGACUGCUCGGCCGCUCUUGCUGUGUGGAACGUCAUCCUGAGGUUCAUGGGCGACCUCCCGGAGCCAGUGCUCUAUGCCAGGAGCAACCAAGGCAGCUCAGUGAUGCAGCAGAUCCACGACACGCUGGGCAAGGCAGGUGGCGCCCAGAGUCUGCAGCAAGCGGGGUCUGCACAGAGGCCCGGCCACAAGGACAAGACAACCAAGAUCUCCUCCAUGAAGCUGAAGCGGUCCUCCCGGGUCACGGGCCAGGUGGCCAGCCAGCUGAACACUGGAGAGGAAGCAUUUGAGCCCAGCGGCCCCGUCACAGACCGCCCCAUGUCCAACCUGGAGAAGGUGCACUUCAUCGUGGGCUACGCCAUCCUGCGGCCUGGCCUCAGGGACGAGAUUUACUGCCAGAUCUGCAAGCAGCUCUCGGAGAACUUCAGACCAAGCAGCCUGGCCCGGGGCUGGAUCCUGCUCAGCCUCUGCCUGGGCUGCGUCCCUCCCUCGGAGAGGUUCAUGAAGUAUCUCCUGAACUUCAUUGGUCGAGGGCCGGCGGGUUACGGGCCCUUUUGUGCUGAGCGCCUGAGACGCACCUACACCAACGGGAUGCGCACGGAGCCCCCCACCUGGCUGGAGCUGCAGGCUGUCAAGUCCAAGAAGCACGUCCCGAUCCAGGUCAUCAUGGUAACCGGGGACAGCUUGACCGUCACUGUCGACUCGGCCUCCACAUCGAGGGAAAUCUGCCUGCACAUCGCCCGCAAGCAGGGCCUCAGCGACUACCUGGGCUUCUCCCUCCAGGUCGCCGUGUACGACAAGUUCUGGUCCCUGGGCAGUGGGCGCGACCACGUGAUGGAUGCCAUCGCCCAGUGUGAGCAGCUGGCCCAGGAGAGGGGUGAGAGCCAGCGCCAGUCCCCCUGGCGCAUCUACUUCCGGAAGGAGUUCUUCACGCCCUGGCAUGACUCCCAGGAGGACCCCGUCAGCACCAAGCUCAUCUACCGCCAAGUGCUCCAUGGAGUCUGGUCCGGCGAGUACAGCUUCGAGAAGGAGGAAGGGCUGGUGGAGCUGCUGGCCCGGCACUGCUAUGUGCAGCUCGGUGCCUCGGUGGGGGACAAGGCUAUCCAGGAGCUGCUGCCCAGCUGCCUCCCCCCCAAGCUGUACAGGACCAAGCCCCCCGAGAAGUGGACUAGCCUCGUCACUGCUGCCUACGCCAAGGCCCCGUACACCCAGACGCAGGCCACACCGCUGGCCGUGCAGGAGCAGGUGGUGGACGCCGCCUGCCUGCAGUGGCCACUGCUCUUCUCCCGGCUCUUUGAAGUCACCACGCUCUCUGGCCCUGGCCUGCCCAAGACCCCGCUCGUCUUGGCUGUUAACUGGAAGGGGCUGUACUUCCUAGACCAGCGGGAGAAGAUGCUGCUGGAACUCUCUUUCCCAGAGAUCAUGGGUCUGGCCACCAACAGGGAGGCCCAGGGCGGGCAGAGGCUGCUGCUGACCACGCUGCACGAGGACUACGAGUUCCUGUCCCCCAGCAGCGUGGCCGUCGCUGAGCUCGUGGCCCUGUUCCUGGAGGGCCUGAAGGAGAGAUCCGUGCACGCCAUGGCCCUGCAGGACAGGAAGGCCACAGAUGAUCCCACCCUCCUGCCCUUCAAGAAGGGGGACUUGUUGGUCCUGACAAAGAAGCAGGGACUUCUGGCCUCUGAAAACUGGACCCUGGCUCAAAACGACAGGACGGGCAAGACGGGGCUAGUGCCCACGGCCUGCCUCUACGCCAUCCCCACAGUGACCAAGCCCUCAGUGCAGCUGCUGAGCUUGCUGGCCAUGUCUCCAGAGAAGCGCAGGCUGGCAGCCCAGGAGGGGCAGCCUGCACAGCCCCCAGCCGUGGAGCAGCCCGGGGAGAAGCCGCACACCCUGGAGGAGUUCUCCUAUGAGUUCUUCAGGGCCCCAGACAAGGGGACUGUGAGCAGAGCCGUGCUGCCGCUGGCCCGCGCCCGGGGCCACCUGUGGGCCUAUUCCCCUGAGCCACUGCGGCAGCCGCUGCUCAAGCGUGUCCAUGCCAACGUUGACCUCCGGGACAUCGCCUGCCAGAUCUUCGUGGCCAUCCUCAGGUACAUGGGUGACUACCCCUCCCGGCAGGCCUGGCCCACCCUGGAGCUCACCGACCAGAUCUUCUCACUGGCCCUGCAGGACUCGUCCCUACAGGACGAGGUCUACUGCCAGAUCCUGAAGCAGCUGACCCACAACUCCAACAGGCACAGCGAGGACCGGGGCUGGCAGCUGCUGUGGCUCUGCACAGGCCUCUUCCCGCCCAGCAAGGCGCUGCUGCCCCAUGCCCAGAAGUUCAUAGACACCCGGAGGGGGAAGCUGCUGGCCCCGGACUGCAGCCGCCGUGUCCAGAGGGUCCUGAGGGCCGGGCCCCGGAAGCAGCCCCCACACCAGGUGGAGGUGGAGGCCGCUGAGCAGAAUGUCUCCCGCAUCUGCCACAAGGUCUACUUCCCCAACAGCACCAACGAGAUGCUGGAGGUGGGCAGCGGCACGCGGGUGCGGGAUGUGUGCGACAGCAUCGCCGCCAGGCUGCAGCUGGCCUCCUGGGAGGGCUGCAGCCUCUUCAUCAAGGUCGCAGACAAGGUCAUCAGCCAGAAGGAGGGAGACUUCUUCUUUGACUCCUUGAGGCAGGUGUCUGACUGGGUGAAGAAGAACAAGCCCCAGAAAGAAGGGGCCCCUGUGACACUCCCCUACCAGGUGUACUUCAUGCGGAAACUGUGGCUCAACGUGGUACCGGGGAAGGACGUGAAUGCAGACACCAUACUUCAUUACCACCAGGAGCUGCCCAAGUACCUGCGUGGGUUCCACAAGUGCUCGCGGGAGGAUGCUGUCCACCUGGCAGGCCUCAUCUACAAGGCCCAGUUUGACAAUGACCGGUCCCAGCUGGCCAGUGUCGCCAAGAUCCUGAGGGAACUGGUGCCCGAGAACCUCACGCGACUCAUGUCCCCGGAAGAGUGGAGAAAGAGCAUCCUUCCGGCCUACGACAAGCACAGGGACAAGACAGUGGAGGAGGCCAAGGUGGCCUUCCUGAGGUGGCUCUGCCGGUGGCCCACCUUUGGGUCUGCCUUCUUCGAGGUGAAGCAAACCUCGGAGCCCUCCCACCCAGACAUCAUCCUCAUCGCCAUCAACCGACACGGGGUCCUGCUCAUCCACCCCAGGACCAAGGACCUGCUCGCCACCCACCCCUUCACCAAGAUCUCCAGCUGGAGCAGCGGCAGCACCUACUUCCACAUGGUGCUGGGGAGCCUGGGCCGCGGCAGCCGCCUGCUGUGUGAGACCUCCCUGGGCUACAAGAUGGACGACCUGCUGACCUCAUACGUGCAGCAGCUCCUGAGCACCAUGGACAGGCAGCGGGGUUCCCGGGCCCCAGCCCUGGCCAGCCCCUAGUGCACGCUCCUCAACACACAGCCCACCUCAGCACCCCAGAUGACCCUCUCUCCUGGGCCCUGACUGUGGAGCCAAAGGAGGGCCCACCCGGUGGAACGUUCAAUAAAAAUCCACAGAGCA